AUGUAAGAGAUCUAUAUAGGAGUUGAUAAUCCCAAUUAUCUAAAGUUUGAUGAUGGAGAAGUCUUAGGUUCUUAUCCUUUUCCUCACAUAAUCUCAAAAAUUGAUGUUGAGUUCAACCAAUCCCAUGUUAUAGGCAUCAAUGUUACAUAUAAAGUUGGAAAUGGAUAAUUUGUAUUUAUUAUAAUUUAUAAAGGUUUCUGGAUAAUCUAGUCUCAAGUUCAAGAGUACUCCUGCCUAUGUUAAGACAUUUAUAAUCCCAGAGGGUAGAUAAUUGUUUUUAAAAUAGGUGAUUUUUUAUAUGAAAUAAAUGGGUGUUUUGAAAAUGUCAUCAAUUCCAUAGGAUUUGUAACUUAUAAAGGAUAUAAGGAAACAUUCGGAAAUCCUAUUGGGGUCUCAUUUAGACACUUUUCCCCAUAAAAUACAUUUACAGCUGCAAAAGGAUCUUUCGAUAAAUGGCUAAAUUUUAUAGCAUUUAGAGUUGUGCCUCUUCCACCUUAUGCAAUGCAAUAAUUUGUAAAUAUAAUUUAAACUACUCUAUAGUAUCCAGGAAAUAAUCAAAUGAUGAAUUAAGUUCCUCCUUAAUAGCCACUACAACAAUAACCACCCCCAUAAUAUCCUUAUCCUACUAAUAGUUAUCCUCAAUAGCAACAAUAUCAAUCUCCACUUCCUCCUGUUUAAUAAGGAUAUACACCUCCUCCUCCUCCUGUUUAAUAAGGAUAUGUGCCUCCUCCUCCUCCUGUUUAAUAAGGAUAUGUUCCACCUCCUCCUCCUGCAUAAUAACCAUAUACUCCUUAUCCUCCAACCUAUAAUCCCUAAUAUCCAGGAUUUCCAGGCUAAUAACCAUAUCCAUAUGUAUCAAUUUCUGAGUUAUUUUUAGCCAAAUUAUUAACCCUACCCAUAAUAAACCUCUACUACUAUAGUUGAAGUAAUAGAUACAAAUCCAUAUGGAGGUGGUUAUAACUAAGGCUAUAAUAAUUAUUAUAAUUAAAGAUAAGGAAUGGGAGUUGGAGCAGCAAUGGGUCUAGGAAUGUUAACAGGAAUGGCAGUAUCAGAUUUGACUCAUCAUCAUCAUCAUGGAGGAAUUUAUGAUGUUAAUGUAUAUGGUAUAUAUAAUUUCUUAUCAAAGGAGGUCAUCACCAUCAUCAUAGACAUUGAU